AUGUUGACAGUGAAUAGUGAACCUUUACUGCUGCAGAUAUUUACCAGUGGUAAAGAUGAAAUUGGGUUGAUUGUACUUGGUUCUGACAAGACACAGAAUCCACUUGAUUACCCAAAUGUGAGUGUGGAAUUUCCUCUUGCACUGCCUACAUGGCAGAUGAUAUCCUUUGUGGAGAAAUCUUUACAUGAAAGUGAAAUAAAAACAGAUUGGAUAGAUGGUGUUGUUGUUGGCAUGCAAGUCUUGAAAGAUGAGCUAGACGGCAACAAAUGGAAUGAUGGGAAGAUGGUCUCAUUUAGUGAAAUGCUCCAAAUAAUUAGAAAGCAGUGGCCUAAUUUUGAUCCUCUUCCCAAUGGGCCCAACGAUACCUCAAAGCUAUUUUCUUACAAUUUCUUUUUGCCGGCAUACCAUGUCCCGGGCUUCAAGGGAUGUGUGGGAUUUAUUACCUCAAUGAGUGAACACUUCUGUGGCACGUGCAACCAUUUACGGAUAACAGCUGAUGGCAAUUUGGAGGUGUGUCUCUUUGGGAAUUCAGAGAUAUCUCUCAGAGAUGCAAUACGAAGCAAAUGCAGUGAGGAUGACUUGCUUGCCAUGAUUGGGGCAGGAGUGAGUAGAAAGAAGAAACAACAUGCAGGCAUGAUGAACCUGUCAAAGAUGAAGAAUCGGCCAAUGAUUCUUAUUGGAGGAUAA